ACACACACACACACACACACACACACACACACACACACACACACACACACACACACACACACACACACACACACACACACACACACAGAACCCGCCGUCGUCGCGAGCAGGAGUCGGUUCUCAGCCACGGUCGCCGCCGCACCGCCACACACGCAGCUCCCACUCACCACUCACCACUCACCCGCCGCCACACCGCCACACUACCUGCCUUCGGGCCGCACAACCGCACCAGCAUCCCGCCCACGCACUCCCCUCACCCAUGGAGACCCACCUGGGCGCCCAUCAGCUGCCUUGCGUCUCACCUGGCGAACUCGGCACCUAACACACCUGCAUCUUGUCAUUUGAACGUUUUCUUCAUUUCCAUUCGUCUCAAGUCUGCAUCUCGCACCCACGGACACAUGACUAGACAACAUUGUAAGAAAGAAAAUGAGGAACCACUUUAUCUAAAAAUACAUUCUCCUUUUUGAUUGCGAAGGAACAAGAGCAGAGCAAGACAUACUUUUUGAAGAGUAAGGAAAAAUUCACCAGUGUCCAUCUUUCUUCCAUCUCUCCGCUUCUCACUGGAACAACAAAAGAAGUAAGAGGAAGAAGAGGAAGGAGGUGCAAGAAACAACAAUCCUGAACUAGUGGCGAUGCAGGAACAGUCGCUUCCGUGGUCCAAGUGCAGCGGCAGGAAUGGCUCUGGAGUGCUGGCUAGCGGUGUGUGGUUCGCGUGUCGCCUUCAGUAGUUCCCAGCCUGAGCAAAGCGUCUUGUGAAGGUAUGCGGACAUGCGGACGGCCGGACGCAGCAAAGCCUUCCAUUUAGAGACUACUGAGCGUGUGUGUCGCCUCCCUGGGCUGAGAAAGGGACUUGGGAACGCCGGAACGUGAUUGCACAGGUAAAAAGAAGGAAGGUGCGCGCUUGGCAAUAUAAAACAAGAGUAUAUAACGAGGAAGCAAUAGGUAAGAAAUGAUUAGAAAAAACGAAAAACGUGUGGGAGGAAGAAAAUAAGUGAAAAUAUAGAAAAUCCAAGAAGGUGGAAGGAUAAAAAAAAAUAUAUAACAGAAACGUGGGAAAGGAGAGAGGUGGAGAACCCGGAACACAAGAAAGAAGAAAUAGAGGAAAGAAAAAAGAAUUGGUGAAGAAGAGGAGAGAGAAGCAGGACCAAGAAUAAAGGAGGAAUAAUAAAACAAGAAAAGAAAAGGAUCGACCUUGAGCCAGCGACCGUCACAACAGCAGCAACUGCGACUACUACUAACAUCAUUCCUACCAGCAUUGCAUCACCUACAUUGGAUUCCAGACAUUUUUCUUUCUUUCAUUAUUUCAUUUUAUUUCUCGAAAGAACUCCCAUUUCCCCAAAAUCGUAUUUCAAAAUAGCAAUAAAAAUAUAAUUUGUAUAUCAUCUUAUAGUUUAUAGGGAAUAUUAACUUGUUUGCUAUAGUCUGUCAUUUAAAUCUGUGCCAUUUUCUACGUUUUCUUUCAGCUUUUCUCUCUUGAAACUUUAGACCAUAACUAAAGAAUAUUUGCAAAUGUGAGUUCGCUUGGUGCUUGACUGGGAAAAGCAAUGCAUACAGAGCUGUGAGUGUGACACUCUGUACUUGUGUGCAUGUGCGUGUGAGUGAACGCGUGUGUAUGGGUGCUAUUUACAACCUGCUUGGAUUCUAGGCGGCUUGAGUUGUAAAUCUAUAACGAACAGGAGGUUAGCGCACGGUCAGCGCACACACACGAAUACGACAGGUGCACUUUGAUUGUAUACAUCGUGUUUGGUUGGUUAAGAGCCAUAUAUUGAUCUUUUAGACUAUUCACGUCUCUCUCUCUCUCUCUCUCUCUCUCUCUCUCUCUCUCUCUCUCUCUCUCUCUCUCUCUCUCUCUCUCCUCAAACAUGUCCUUCCUGCUGCACUUCAGUAACUAUCUCAUCGGAGGUAAUGUACCCAUAGACGAUGGCGUUGAUAAACUCAAUCGCAAGUACACCAUCCUCAUCCUCAUUUGCCUCUCGCUGCCGCUCGUCACAAAGCAGUUCGCAGGUGACCCAAUCGAGUGCUACCCCACAUACUUCACAGAGCCACAGUCACGUUACGUCAAUUCGUACUGCUGGACGGCGAGUACCUAUUACAUCAUUCCAAUCGAUGAAACGGCGCGGGAACAGGUGACGAGGGUACAUUCAGUCAAUUUCGAUGACGAAGGCAGCUCUUCGUCCAUCAAAGGAGAGAGAAUCAAGGUCAACUAUUACCAGUGGGCACCCAUUAUUCUACUGGUGGAGGCGGGACUCUUCUAUGUACCCUUUGCCAUCUGGAAUUCCACUGCCAAGAACUCUGGAAUCAAGGUGGGUCGUCUCUUGAAGAAAGUGUCAGUGAUCUCCCAGUACACACCUGGCCACCCUGAUCGAGAUGCCCUCAUCGCUGAGUUCCUGGACCAGUUCAACACGCUGAUGGGGGUAUCCAAGUGCUGUCCAGGGACCGUGUGUAAAUUCGACUGUAACUUGGCAUGUGGGGGCAACCCGUCCUCAUCACUGUUCAUCCUCUACAUGGUGGUGAAGAUUAUGUAUGUGUUCAAUAUCUUGAUGCAGUACUUCCUGCUGACGGUGUUCCUGGGCAAGGGCUAUCUCUUCCACGGCAUCGAGGUGGUGGAGAAGCUCAUCAACAAAAAGGAGUGGUGGACGUCGCCACGCUUCCCGCUGCAAACAUUGUGCCAGGUGUUGGCAGCACAACAGGGCUCUCUGCGCACCUACACCUGCCAGUGCGUGUUGCCCAUCAACUUGUUCAACGAAAAGAUAUUUUCCUUCAUCUGGUUUUUCUUCGCUAUCUUACUGCCAGUCACCAUCUACAGUGCCCUCAUCUGGGUCUGGCGCACCUUCACCUGCUCUCGCAUCGCGUUUGUGCACUACUAUCUGUGGAGGACGCGGCGUGUCGGCAAGGAGGACCUGUACAACAACGCACGCAAAAUGGCUGUGCAGUAUCUCGGGUGGGACGGGUGUCUGGUGCUGCGGCUCAUUGAAAUGAACCAUGGCGGCACCAUCCUCACCAUCCUCACCGAGCGCCUCUGGGAGUUCUACGAGGGGAUGGAGCGGGCCCAGCAGGACGGAGGGGAUCCUGAGGCCUACCUUAAUCAACGGCCACCCAUCUUCGCCUGCGGGCCUUACCCUCCCCCGGGUCCUAGCACCGUCACGCCCACCCCCACAGGCCCCUAUGGGUUCUACGGGAAGCACUUCCUCCCAGGCACUCCCGGGGCCUAUCCGGGCUACAUGUGGAACCACCAGGACAUGGCCACCCCAGGGUAUUCCUCCUAUCCCAGAAUUCGGGGCAAGAUUAGGUAACCCGCCCCUCACCCUUCCACCCACUCUGAGGCCCUACGCUAAUUAAUGCCCACAUCCACACCAGUUCUCCCCAACCUGUCCAUCUGACUAAGUGUUGCAAAGCAUCUGGAUUUCUGUCUUUAACAUGACUUCCAAAUCCCCUAAAGUUGUGAACCAAAGCAAUCAAACCACAGCUUAGUACACCACUCCUGACACACGUCUUAACAAGGCUUCCCACGCUAAUCUGUACUACAAUUGCACCAAUUCCCAAACACUUUCCCAAUCAUCCCUCAUUAAAAAAGAAAAAAAAAAUGGGUGCCACAACUCUCCUGACACGGUAAUUAAGUAGUGCAGAAUGUGAAAUCUCAGAAUACAAAGGAAAAAUUUUAAAUCACAGAAAAUAAAAAUUCAUUCCUUUCCAAGACAAGUUCUGCUCUCUGUUCCCCUCUCUAAGAAUUUUCGAAUUCUUGGCAACCCAUUCAAAUUUUCCCCUCCUAAAAAAAAAAAAGGGAAAGAAAUUAUUUAAAAAGUUGCUCACUUUCAUUUCUAAGAAUGACCAACCACAGUUGUUUCCCCAUUUUUGGACAAAAGAAAAAAAUGGAAGAUGAAAAGGGGAAGGAGGAGACCCCAUGUUGGCCGUGCUUUGGUGUCUAUUCCUCACUACUACUACUACUACUACUACUACUACUACUACCAUCACCACCACCACCGCCACCACCACUACCAACACCACCUAGUGCCCUUAGAAAGAGAAGAAAAGCAAGACGUAAUAGUAUCAGUAACAGUAGCAACAGAAGCAACAGUAAUUAUCCUCUCAAAGUAGAUCGACCUGUGUGUGUGUGUGUGUGUGUGUGUGUGUGUGUGUGUGUGUGUGUGUGUGUGUGUGUGUGUGUGUACAUAUUGUAUACCUGUGUGUCCGUAGACGUAUUACAGUAGUGUGUCACUGUAGCAGACGUGUGUGUGUGUGUGUGUGUGUGUGUGUGUGUGUAAGUCAGGCCACAGUAAUAUAGUACUAUUGCUAUUUCCAGAUUGUGUAUUGUCGGCAGGUAAUAGAUCUGUCUUGUAUAGUGGUGUUCGUCAGUCUAUUUGUUGUGUUUGUUGGUUGACCGGUGUCUUGCUAGCAAAUAGUGCCAAGAAAAAGCGUACUUGUCUAUUUAUGUUUUGUCCUUUGUUUUUUUGUGUUUGUAUAUACGUAUAUUGUUUCUUAUUAUUGACAUUUUCUUUUCGUUGAUUUCUUUAAUUUCAUAACAUAGUUUGUUCCACUGUACAUAUUUGUCUAUACAUGUAACUUUCUUCAUAUUGUUUGUUACUGUUUGUAUCUUAUUUACUACGUUAUGUAUGGUUUGCAGUGACUUUACAGAGUAGUGUGGAAUCUGUCUGCAUACUGCCAAGUCCGUCUAUUAGUAUCUGCACUGUGUGUGUGUGUGUGUGUGUGUUGUGUGUGUGUGUGUGUGUCCUAACCCUAGUGACUGCCACAUUUAACCUUUUUCCCAUACCUCUCUUUACCCUUCUCUCACACCCCAUCUCCACUUUUCUCCCCUUUUCAUUAUUUAAGACAUUCCUUUCUCUCUCCCUACAUAACCACAUCUUCUAUCCCUCCCCCACCUUUUUAUC